UUAUUCGAAUUAUUCGUUUACAUAGGGGAGAAUAUUGCGGAGUUUUCUUACGCAUUUUGUAGCAGUUAGAUGUACCACGCAGCUCAAAAGGAGGUGGAUAAAAUACUAUUGACUGCUAUAAGUUCUGAGUGCACGGUUUUAAAUCUCAGUCAUCGAGAUCUGACCGUACUUCCCGAUUCUUUAAAGGAACUUGUCAAAGUGAAAACGUUAUUGUUGAAUAACAACAAGAUUAUUAUGCCUCCGAUGGAACUUGUCACACUAAAAAAUCUUCAAGUCUUAGCACUUGAUCAUAAUCAGUUAACGCUAAUACCUACGGGAUUUCGGCAGCUAUCGAACUUGCGAGUUUUGUGUUUGAGUCACAACAAUCUAGGAUUCUUACCUUCAGAAAUAGGGGAGUUAACCUUUCUCCAAGAACUUUGGAUUGUCAACAUCCAGCUGAUGGCAUUACCACCUGAGAUUUGCAAACUUGUGAACUUGGAGAAACUUGGUGCAGGAUGUAACAAUAUCAAGGCUUUGCCCGAUGGAUUUUCAGCUUUAAAAUCUCUGAAGUGGCUAAGUUUAGCAAAAAAUCAACUUUCGUCUCUGCCUAGUGACUUUCAUUGCCUCUUAAACUUGAUCCAGCUCGAUCUUGCUGAAAAUCAAUUUAACAAAUUUCCUGAAGGCCUGAGUGGACUUCAUAAAUUGGAGAAUCUGAUUCUGCACUCAAACAUGAUUCAGUCUUUGCACAAUAACACUGUAAAAAAAUUACCAAAUUUGAGUCAUGUGGACCUCAGGGACAACAAAUUAACUUUACUUCCAAGAAAUCUAGAACGUCUACAUAUAUUCUGCAUUGGAGAGAGACAGAUUUGCAGAGACAUUGAUGAGAAGAGCUUACAAAAAGUAGACAAAAUGCGGAAGAAGCAGAAAUGUGACUAAAAGGAGUUGAUAGCUUAAGGCAGGGUAAUGAAAGAUAAAUAGGCCUUCUUUGAUAGGGAUGUUCAUUAAAAAGUGGAAAUUGGAAUGCUUUUCUAUUCAGGGUUGAUGUACACUGGGACUGAACUGAUUUUGCUUUUUUAUGCUAUACGAUUGGUCCAGCAAGCUCUUGCCAUUUUUCUCAUCAAUUUUAACCCCUUAGAGUGACUAACAUCUCAUUUUUCCUUACAUCGUCACCCCUGAAUCACAUUUUAAGGUCAUAAGAAUAGAGAAAUGAUUACCAACUAGAGACAUUCUUGAUUGGUUGAAAAAUUCUUCCAAUCAGCAUCUUAGGAAAUAUCUAAAGGACAGUUUGGAGAAUAUGUAUACUGAUGUUAAAGUGUAGAGGAUUAAUCAAGAUUUUAUCUUUUUACAUUGGUUAGUACACUUCACAUUCAGAAAUGUAUUGUGCUUUCUUUCAUAUUCUAGACAAACCUUCGGAGGUGUUGUAGAUUGUGAUCAGUCCAUCCAUUUUUCUUCUGGAAUCAUUGAGCUGGCUCAACUAAAACUCACACCAUCAUUUUGGAUUAUGAGGCAAACAGACCACUUUUGGACCCUACAGUUGAUGCUCCUAAUUGACUAGAUGUUGAUCAGGGUGGAUAAACUGUUAUAGUGAAUUAUUGAAAAGCUCACAUAAUGUUUUACUGUGAUAGCCUUAUGUUAGAGCUAAUCAUGGCAGCAGUUUACCCAUCUUGAGGUGAAUAACUAUUUUUUCUGGCAUGUUAAAAGCUGUAUAUAGCUCUACCUU